AUGCAGAACGACCAAAACGAACUUGUCGACCUUUACGUCCCACGCAAAUGGUAAGUUAAUGUUAUUCUUGGUUUAUCUUCUGCUUUUAGCUCAUCGAGCUCUCGCAUCAUCUCCGCCAAGGACCACGGAUCAAUCCAAAUUGACUUUGUUGAUGUUGACCCUCAAACCGGCCGCUUGAUCCCAGGAAAGACCACCAGAUACGCCAUCUGCGGAGCUCUUCGCGCUAUGGUAAGUGAUUUUUUUAGUUAUUCAAUAUGAGUUUUUAAAACUACUUUAAGUUAUGUUAGAGUUAGUUUAGUGUUUUGAUUUGAGUUAUAGUUUUUAUGCUUUAACUUUAUGAAAAAGCGUGCUUUAUAUUUUAAGAUUAAGGUUUAUAUCUUAUAGUUUUUCACGUGUUUAUCUUUUAAGGAGACCAAUUUAACAUUUAGCAUUUAAACCUUGAGCAAGCUUAUAGUAUUUAUGAUUUCAGGGAGAAUCCGACGACUGUAUCCUUCGUUUGGCUCAACGUGAUGGUCUGAUCCCUCAAAACAUUUAA